AUGACCUACUACGAGAGCGACGAAGAGACCCCCUUGUUGAUCAAACAAGACCCACCGCCACGGCCCAUCGAAACCCCUCUGCAAUGGGGUCAGCUACUUAUUCUUCUCGUUACGCUGAUCUGCGAACCGUUGGCUAGUCAAUCGAUCUAUCCGUUCAUCACCCAGCUUAUCAGCGAGCUGGAUAUUACUGGGGGCGAUGAAAAGAAGGUUGGAUACUACGCAGGGAUCAUUGAAUCGCUGUUCUUCGCCACACAGGCCUGUACAGUACUCCAAUGGAGUCGCUUAUCCGAUCGCAUUGGUCGCAAGCCAGUACUUCUGACGGGUUUGUUCGGCCUUUGCCUGUCUGUCGUCUGCUUCGGACUGUCUCGGUCGUUCUGGUCGCUUGUCAUCAGCCGCUGUAUCUGUGGCAUGCUGAACGGAAAUAUCGGGGUCAUGAAAAGCGCCAUCGGAGAACUCACCGACUCCACCAAUCGCGCUCGCGGCUUCUCCUUGAUUCCCAUUGUCUGGUCCGCGGGAUCAACGAUCGCCCCAAUUAUUGGGGGAAGCCUCGCAAAACCGUAUGAACGUUUCCCAGAGACGUUCCAAUCACCAUUCUGGCGAGAAUUUCCUUAUUUCCUACCAUGCGCCGUGGCCGCUAGUAUCAUGCUAGUUUGCUUCUUCUUCUGCUUAGUCUUUCUUAAAGAGACUCUCGGCCACUAUCCAUCUCCCGUCGAUGGGCAGGAAAGUCUCGACAAAGAUGCCCCUGUGCCUAUGAAGGCACUUCUCCAUUCUCGGGUUCUACUGCCCGUAUUCAAUUACGUGGUUCUAGCUUUUCUCGAAAUUGGUCUCCUUGCCCUUCAGCCGCUCUUCUAUUCUAUGCCAUUUGAGCUGGGAGGCCUGGCUCUCCGUCCGCAAACAAUUGGUUACAUCCUUGGAGCUUUUGGAGCUACGAAUGGCGUCUUCCAAUUCUUCUUCUUCCCUUCCAUUGUGGGGAGAUUUACGCCCAAACCCGUAUUCAUCGCAGGAAUUGUUCUCUUCAUCCCAAUAUUCUGCUUAUUUCCUGUGAUGAAUACCCUCGCAAGGAGUGGCGCGCCCGCUAUUUAUGUCUGGAUCGUCCUGGUCAUACAAUUAGGGAUGUGUGUGGUCAUGGAUAUGUCUUAUUCUUGCAUCUUCAUGUUUAUUACUGCCGCGGCGCCAAACAGACGAUCGCUCGGCGCCACCAACGGAUUAUCGCAGACAACCGUCUCGGUAGCACGCGCAAUUGGUCCCGCCAUGACGACCUCCCUCUAUUCGUUUUCUGUCCAAUACCACUUUCUCGGAGGGAAGUUGGUGUACGUCGUUUUGAUGGUCCUUACGUUGUUCGCGCUAGCUCUGGCCAAGAAGCUGCCAGAAGAUGGAUGGAAGGAUAGGUGCGAGACGCUUGAGCCGCUUUCGGAUUGA